UUUGGUCUCCCCAUGCCCUCCUUUGCACCUGCUUCGCCCCCUUUGUGCAAACUCAGUAAAGAUCUGCUCUCCCUCCUCCCAAUGAAAGUGGCUUACUACUUCCAGGUUUAACGGGACUUCCAGGCCAUCAAGAUGGAUUUCAGCUCUUACAGUGGAGUCCCGAGGUUCCUGACCAGGCCUAAGGCCUUUGUGGUAUCCAUGGGGAAAGAUGCCACGCUCAGUUGCCAGAUCAUUGGAAAUCCCAUCCCGCUGGUGAGCUGGGAGAAGGAUAAACUUCCUAUCCAGACAGGGGGAAGAUUUAAAAUGGUGGAAGAUGGCGAUCUAUAUCGUUUAACCAUUUAUGACUUGAGUCUGGAUGACAGUGGUCAAUAUAUCUGCAGGGCCAAGAACUCAAUUGGGGAAGCUUUUGCCGCAGUUAGCAUCAAAGUUGGGGAGCAGACCACUGUGACAGAAUCGGCACCUUAUUUCAUCCAGAAGCCCACUUCUAUCCGAGUCAUCAUGGGAGAAGACGCCAUGUUCAAAUGCAUUGUCCAGGGUAGCCCACCCCUUUCGGUGAACUGGGAGAAAGACGGGAGGCACCUGGGCGGGCGGUCAGAGUCCAACCGCAUCCAGAUUGAGACCCAGGGGGAGAAAAAUGCCCUCAAGAUCCAAAGCACUCGGUUGGUGGACAGCGGGACGUACACUUGCCGUGCAGAGAACCCCCUCGGGGCCACCAGUGCAGCAGCUGCACUGGUGGUGGACACACCAGAUUCUUACAGCCCAGGUGGCACAAGGCACACUAUAGACACCGGCAGCAGCAAGACCUCCCCAUUGCUCUCACACUUGCAAAAAAGGCGAGAAGAAAUAAGAAAGACAGACUUAACCACUGCCGACUCCCUGAUCUCCACGGCAUACACCUCCAUGGAAGGGCGGUCGAAACUCGGCCUGAGCCUCUCCCUUGACUACGAGAGGGCCGCCAGCUUGACAGCAAAGAGCUUCCGGGGCGAUGGUGGUUCUUACUACGGGGUGACGACACGUACUUUCACCGUCACAGAGGGGAAACACGCCAAGAUGAGCUGCUACGUGACGGGAGAACCCAAGCCAGAGAUUGUUUGGAAGAAGGAUGGCGAAGUCAUCCUCGAAGGACGGAGGCACAUCAUCUAUGAGGAUGAGCAGGAGAAUUUUGUGCUGAAGAUCCUCUUCUGCAAGCAGGUUGACAACGGUCUCUACACAUGUACGGCUUCCAACCUGGCAGGGCAAACAUACAGCUCUGUGCUGGUCACAGUCAAAGAACCGAGAAUACCUUUCAGGAUGAAACUUAGAGACCUGGAAGUUCGGGAGAAGGAAUCUGCUUCCUUCCAGUGUGAGGUGCCCGUUCCCAGCACAGAAACCACCUGGUUCAAAGAGGAGACAAAACUCCAGCAGAGCCAAAAGUACAACAUUGAGGAAGAAGGCACGUUUCGGAAGCUUACAGUCCAGAACGUUACCAUGGAUGACGAUGCUGUCUAUAUAUGCGAAAUGAAAGAGGGAAGCAGAACCAUUGCAGAAUUAAGUGUCCAAGGGAAUAUUAUCAAGAAACUGCCAAGGAAGACUGCAGUCAGCAUAAAUGACACAGCAAUAUUCUGCGUGGAGCUGGAAAACAAGUGCCAGAAAUUCCGGUGGCUAAAGAACAAGGAAGAACUGAAGCCCAACAGCAGAAUUGCCAUCACUUCAUCCGGCAAAGAGUACAGCAUGAUAAUCCGAGAUUGUAAAAUGGAGGACUCGGCAGAGAUUGUGUUUGUGGCCGACGAGUGCAGAACGUCCACCCAGUUUACUGUGUCCGCUCCAAAGAAGCCUCCAUCACAUCCACCAGUUGGCCCAGUGGUGAAAAAUAAAACAGAAACCUCAGUGAUGCUAUCCUGGUCCCCGCCUAAGAUGGAGCGCCCCAUCCCUAUUGAUGGAUACGUAGUGGAGCGUAAGAAACUGACUGGAUUCACUUGGCUGAGAUGCCAUGAAUCCCCCGUUCCUGAAACCGAGUUCACCGUGAGCAACCUUGUUGAAGAGGCUGACUACCAAUUCCGAGUGUCUGCAGUCAACAACUAUGGCCAGAGCGGCUAUCUUGACUUCCCAGGAACCCUGCACCUUGAACCAGUACUGGCUGUGAAAAGCCCUCUGAGAAAUGUGGAAGUAGCGCCAGGCAGGGAUGCAAUCUUCACUGUUGAACUCACUAAUACUUGUUCCGGCUCGUGGUAUGUUAAUGGCAACAUCGUGCAAAACAGCGAUAAGUACAUCAUUACAAGAACCAAAACGUCGCACAGCCUCACUGUCAAAAGGGUCACAAGUGUUUUCAAAGAAGCAGAGGUGAAAUUUGUUGCCAAUAAUCUUGAAAGCACUGCCAAGAUAAGUUUGAAAGACGAAGCGGCAAAGUUCGUCAAUGAAUCAACCCCUGGAAUCAGGGUCAAGCUCUCAGAGAAAUUUGAGCUGGUGUGCGAGGUCUCAUCAGAGAACGAGCCCGUCAUAUGGAAGAAGGGUAAAAAACCUAUCAGGCUGGACCAGAGAGUGACAUUUACCUCUCAGGGAGUUAACAGAAAGCUCAUUGUCAACAAUGCAUUGAAAGAAGACGAAGGGAUUUACACCUGUGAAACAAAGGACGACAAGCUAACAUUCCACGUUGAGGUCGAAGAGCCUGUGGCUGUGUUUGCCAACAAGGAGAAGGUAAAGAAAGAGAUCAAGGUUACCUUUUUAGAGAAUGCAUCUCUUCUCUGCGAGGUGGCCCAGGAAAACACAGAAGUGAGGUGGCUCAAGAAUGGGAAGCAGAUAAUCUCUAGCAAGAAAUUCAAGAUAGAAGCUGAAGGCAAGACCCGGCGGCUGAUUGUGCAGCAGGUGGAAAAAGAGGAUGUUGGUGAUUACACCUGUGAGGCUGCUGGCCAAAAACUUACCUUCAAAGUGAUUGCAGAAGCUGCAAAAGUUGAGGAUGUGUUUGUCAACAAAGAGAAGCUGCAGAAGGAGAUCAAGGCUGCUGUUUCAGAGAACGCCUUCAUCAGCUGCGAGGUGGCCCAGACCAAGACGGAAGUGAAGUGGUUCAAGGAGGGGAAGCAGAUCACCUCCAGCAAGAAAUUCAAGGUAGAAGCUGAAGGCAAGACCCGGAGGCUGAUUGUGCAGCAGGUGGAAAAAGAGGAUGCUGGUGAAUACACUUGUGAGGCUGCUGGCCAAAAGCUCACCUUCAAAGUCAUUGUGACAGCUGCAAAAGUUGCAGAAGUUGAGGAUGUGUUUAUCAACAAAGAGAAGGUCCAGAAGGAGAUCAAGGCUGCUGCUUCAGAGGACGCUUCCAUCACCUGUGAGGUUGCCCAGGCCAAGACAGAAGUGAAGUGGUUCAAGAAUGGGAAGCAGAUCACCUCCAGCAAGAAAUUCAAGGUAGAAGCUGAAGGCAAAACCCGGAGGCUGAUUGUGCAGCAGGUGGAGAAGGAGGAUGCUGGCGAGUACACCUGUGAGGCCGGAAACCAGAAACUGACAUUCCGUAUCACUGUGACAACUGCAAAAGCUGCAGAAAUUGAGGACGUGUUUGUCAACAAGGAGAAGGUCCAGAAAGAGAUCAAGGCUGUUGUUUCAGAGAAUGUCUCCAUCAUCUGUGAGGUGGUCCAGGCCAAGACAGAAGUGAAAUGGUUCAAGGACGGGAAGCAGAUCACCUCCAGCAAGAAAUUCAAGGUUGAAGCUGAAGGGAAGACCCGGAGGCUGAUUGUGCAGCAGGUGGAGAAGAAGGAUGCUGGCGAGUACAUCUGUGAGGCCGGAAACCAGAAACUAGCCUUCAAAGUCACUGCAGCAGAUUCCAAAGCUGAGGACGUGUUUGUCAACAAGGAGAAGGUCCAGAAAGAGAUCAAGGCUGUUGUUUCAGAGAACGCCUCUAUCACCUGCGAGGUGGACCAGGCCAAGACAGAAGUGAAGUGGUUCAAGGACGGGAAGCAGAUCACCUCCAGCAAGAAAUUCAAGGUUGAAGCUGAAGGGAAGACCCGGAAGCUGAUUGUGCAACAGGUGGAGAAGAAGGAUGCUGGCGAGUACACCUGUGAGGCCGUUGGCCAAAAACUCACCUUCAAAGUCAUUGCAGCAGAUGCUAAAGUGGAGGAUGUGUUCGUCAACAAGGAGAAGGUCCAGAAAGAGAUCAAGGCUGUUGUUUCAGAGAACGCCUCCAUCACCUGCGAGGUGGCCCAGGCCAAUGCAGAAGUGAAGUGGUUCAAAGAUGGGAAGCAGAUCACCUCCAGCAAAAAAGUCAAGGUAGAAGCUGAAGGCAAGACCCGGAGGCUAAUUGUGCAACAGGUGGAGAAGAAGGAUUCCGGCGAGUACACCUGUGAGGCCUCUGGCCAAAAACUCACCUUCAAAGUCAUUGCAACGGAUGCAAAAGUUGCAGAAGUUGAGGAUGCAUUUGUCAAGAAGGAGAAGGUCCAGAAGGAGAUCAAGGCUGCUGUUUCAGAGAACGCCUCCAUCACCUGCGAGGUGGCCCAGGCCAAGACAGAAGUGAAGUGGUUCAAGAAUGGGAAGCAGAUCGCCUCCAGCAAGAAAUUCAAGGUAGAAGCUGAAGGCAAGACCCGGAGGCUGAUUGUGCAGCAGGUGGAAAAGGAGGAUGCUGGUGAAUACACUUGUGAGGCUGCUGGCCAAAAGCUCACCUUCAAAGUCAUUGCGACAGCUGCAAAAGUUGCAGAAGUUGAGGAUGCAUUUGUCAAUAAGGAGAAGAUCCAGAAAGAGAUCAAGGCUGUUGUUUCAGAGAAUGCCUCCAUCACCUGCGAGGUGGCCCAGGCCAAGACAGAAGUGAAGUGGUUCAAGGAUGGGAAGCGGAUUACUUCCAGCAAGAAAUUCAAGGUAGAAGCUGAAGGGAAGACCCGGAAGCUGAUUGUGCAGCAGGUGGAGAAAGAAGAUGCUGGCGAGUACACCUGUGAGGCCGGAAACCAGAAACUGGCCUUCAAACUUAAUGUUCCAGAGGUUGCAGAUAUAUUUGCCAAAAAGGAGAAGGUGCAGAAGGAGGUCAAGGCUGUCCUGAAGGAGAGCGCUGCUUUGGUCUGUGAAGUGGCCACCUCCGAUACCCAGGUGAAGUGGUACAAAGAUGGGAAGCCCCUCAGUGCUAGCAAAAAAAUCAAGGUGGUCUCUGAUGGCACCUCCCGAAAACUGGUCUUGGAGAAGGUGGAGAAGAAUGAUGCAGGGAACUACACAUGUGAAGCUUCUGGCCAGAAACUGAUUUUCAAGGUUGAAGCAGUAGAGCCUGAGGCAAAAUUCGAAAGGAAAGUUCCCCAAGAGAAGCCAAUCUUUGUUCAGGAGGAAAAGAGCAUCAACCUGUCAACUUCAGUGGUGCCUGAAGAUGCCGAAGUAAAAUGGCUCAAAGACGGAAUUGAGAUCAGAGCUGGCAAGAAGUAUGAGAUGAAAAAAGACGGGGCCUCUAGGACCCUGACUGUGAAGGUGGCCGAUGUCAAAGAUACUGGUGUGUACACGUGUGAGACCAAGAGUGAUAAGCAGCAGUUCCAGGUGCAGGUCCAAGAAGUCCCAGUGAAGUUUGCAAAGAAGCUGGAACCUGUUAAAGCUGAAAUCGGAGGGACCCUGACUCUGAGUUGUGAACUAAGCCAACCUGGGGGCAAAGUUGUCUGGCGCAAGGAUGGAGUGGAGCUCAAAGCAAACAAGCGCUACCAGAUGCGUGAGACGGGCGAAAAGCGUAUCCUGGUCAUAACUGGCCUCCGGGCAGAAGACAAGGGGGAUUAUUGCUGUGAAACCAAGGAUGAUAAGUGCAGCAUUCAUGUCAGCCCCACAGUUCCUAGGCUGGUGAAGUUUGUCAAAGGCCUCCACAACAUAGUAGCUGAAGAAGGCAAAGAGGCUGUUUUCAAAUGCGUUGUUUCCCCCAGCGACGCCGCUGUCACGUGGAGUCGAAAUGGAACCAAAAUCGAGGCCAGCAAAAAAUAUGUCCUAUCCCAGGAGGACUCAAACCAUAGCCUCACCAUCACUGACUUGACUCUGAAAGACUCCGCUUCAAUCUCAGCAGAAGCGGAAGGAGUAGAGAGCAAAGCAACCCUCAAAGUGGAAGAGACACCAGUAUCAUUCGUGAAGAAACUGGAAGCCAAAAUUGUUGAGGAGAAGGAGAUGGUGACUCUGGAAGUAGAGCUAUCAAAGCCAACCACAGAGGUAAAAUGGAUGAAGAACGGCAGCUUGCUCCAUCCAGGUGACAACAUGGAGAUCAAGGCCGAAGGGACAAAGCACAGCCUGGUGAUUAAGAGUGCCGCCUGCGGGGACCGUGGCUAUUACUCCUGCGAGACUCUCCAUGACAAGACCCAGGCGAAAAUAGCUGUGGAAACGAGACCCAUCAAACUGGUGAAAGGCCUUCAGCCGCUAGAUACCCAUGAGGGGGAGUCUGCUACCUUUGAGGUGGAGCUGUCACACGAGAACGUGGAAGUUAUCUGGAUGAAGGAUGGCGUGAGGUUGAAAGCGAAGGACAACUGCUGCAUUAGUGUCCAGGGGAAGAAGCAUUCGUUGACUCUUUCAUCCCUUGAAAUUGAGGACUCGGGCGUUGUUGCCUUCAAGGCCGAAAGUCUUCACACAACAGGCAGACUUAAUGUGAAAGAACGGCCCGUGAAAAUAAUUAAACCUUUGCAAGACAUUAAUGCUCAGAACAAGGAUGAAGUAACCUUCGAAUGUGAACUUUCCAGGCCUAAUGCAGAUGUCAAGUGGCGUAAGGAUGGAAUUGAGCUUCGGCCAAAUAAAAAAAUUGCAGUCAUUGCACGGGGGACUACGAGAAGCCUCACAAUUCACAAAUGCGAAUUUGAAGACAAAGGGAAAUAUAUGUGCGAUGCUGUUGAUGACAAGAGCUCAGCUACCUUGGUGGUCCAUGCCCGAGAUAUCAAGAUAGUGAAGCCGCUGGAAGAUGUGGAGGUGAGCGAGAAAGAGAGCGCUUCCUUCACCUGCGAGAUUUCACAUGACGAGGUUGAAACCCAGUGGUUCAGCAACGAAAACAAGAUCCGGGCCGGAGAGAACAUCAGGUUGCGUCAGGACGGGAAAAGCUACGCGCUAGUCUACAGAAGCGUGGAGAUGGAGGAUUCAGCAGAAAUCAAAUUUGUUGCUGAAAAAGCAGAAUCCCGGGCAAAACUUAAAGUAAAAGAACUGCCUGUAAGGUUUGUGAAACCUCUCCGUGUAAAGAUUGCAAUUGAGAAGCACCGGGGCUUUCUGGAGUGCCAAGUGUCUCGCCGCAAUGCUGAGGUCAAGUGGUACAAGGAUGACAAACUGAUCCAACCUGGCCAAAAGUAUGAGAUUGUCAGCGACGGGGUCUACAGGAAGCUCAUUAUCAAUGAGACAGAGUUUUCUGAUGAAGGCAUUUACACCUGUGAUGCCAUCGAUGACAAAAGCAGUGCUCAGUUUUAUGUGGAAGAGCAAUCCAUCAAUAUUGUGAAGGAGCUGAGGGAUGUGGAGGUCAGUGAGCCAGCGGAAGCCAGGUUUGAGUGCGAAAUCUCCAUCGAGUCUGUGAAGCCCCCCAAAUGGUCCCUCCGCGGAGAACUCCUGCAGGCCGGCAAGGAUGUUGUGAUAGAACAGGAGAGGAGGCUCCACCGCCUGAUCCUGAGGAAGACUGACGUAGAGAUGACAGGCACUAUUCAGUUUGCCAUUGGCAAAGCAAAGUCCACAGCGAACUUGGUGGUGAAAGAUCUUCAAGUGACUAUUACCAGGCACCUAGAAGACAAGGUUGUCCAGGAAACCCACUCCGUUGUCCUUUCUUGUGAGUUCAAGCCUUCUCCAAAGGUUGUAGAAUGGUACAAAGACCACACCCUCAUCGAGCCCUCAGAGAAGUUUAAGCCCAAGAGGGAUAAGAACAUAGCAGAGCUAAAAAUCCUGAGGUUGUCUGUUGGAGAUUCUGGUGUUUACAAAUGCAAAGCUGGGACUUCAGAGACCAAGGCCUCACUGACCAUUCUGGAACGCAAAGUGGAGAUAACGAAGCAUCUGGAAGAUGUGGAAAUUGAAGAGGAGAACUGUGCCUUCUUCUCCUGUGAGCUGUCUGAAGACAUUGACGAUGUGGAAUGGUUCCUCAAUGACACACACCUCUUCCCCAACAACUUCAAUGAGAUCAAGAAGCUGGGCACCUCUCACAGCCUGAUGCUCAAACACGUCAUGCCAGAAGAUGCUGGUUCAGUGACUAUCAGGGUUCAGAAGAAAGUCACUGAGAGUGCUCGGCUGAAGGUGAAAGAGAAGCCUGCUGUCUUCAUGAAGUCCCUGGAUGAUGUUGCUGCCGAGGAGCGCAGCACAGUCAGCCUGGAGUGUGAGGUCUCCAAGGCAAAGGUCAAGCCCAUCUGGAAGAAGGAGGGUGUGGAACUCAGCCCAAGCGACAAGUACGAGAUGCUGCAGGCUGGGAAGACGCUGGGUCUCAUUAUCCAUGACCUCAACAAGGCUGAUGCGGGCUUGUAUACAUGCGACCUUGGUACAGAGGUGGCCAAGUCUAGAGUCAGCGUCCAAGAACUGAAUAUCGGCAUCACCAAACGCCUCAAGAACACAGAAGUCCUGGAAGGGGAAAGUUGUAGCUUCGAAUGUGUUCUCUCCCACGAAAGCGCUGAAGAUUGCCGCUGGCUCAUCAACGGAACUGAAGUGGGCCGCGAGGGACGGGUUAGAGCGUUCAACAAAGGGAGGAAAUACACUCUCAAUAUUAAAAAAGCAAUGGCCACUGAUGCUGGAGAGGUCGUUUUCUCGCUCGGUGACUUAAGCUCCAAAGCCACUCUAGUCGUGAAAGAAAAGCCAGCAGAAUUUGUACGUGAGCUGGAGGACAAGACGGCGUUGGUGGGGCAGGAGACUAGCUUGAGUUGCGACUUGUCCAAGUGGGACGGCAACAUUAAGUGGCGCAAGGAUGGCAAAGAGAUUCGGAGGAGCCAAAAGUACGACCUGCGCGAGGAGGGGACCCGCGCCAUACUGAUCAUCCACGAUGCUUCAGUCAAGGACAGUGGGGAAUACACAUGCGAGACCGAAAUCUCUAAAACAAAAGCAACGCUUACUGUGGAAGAAGCAGGAAACUGCUUCAUCAAAGACCUUACGGACCUGAAGCUGGAGGAAAAUAAAAAAGCAGUUCUUACUUGCGAAACCAAGAAGCCGGCUUCUGCUGUGACGUGGAGGAAAGGGAUUACCGACCUCAAGGCAAGCAAGAAAUACGAGAUCAGCCAGAAGGGGAAAGUCCUGCAACUCACAGUGAACGACUUACAGGAAGACGACAGUGACAUUUAUACCUGUGACAUUGGCGACACCCAGUCAAGCGCAAAGGUGGUAGUGCAAGCCCUGCCAGUUCUUUUUCAACAAGAACUGCAGAACAGGGAAGCUGAGGAAGGAAGCAAGGUCCGGCUUACCUGUGAGCUUAACAAGGCAGACCUGCCGGUGCAGUGGAUGAAGGGAAACGAAGUCCUGCAGGCCGGCGACAAGUAUGAGUUGAAGCAGCGCGGCACUGUGGCAGAGCUAGUAAUCCGGGAUGUAAAGAGUUCUGAUGCUGGGGAUUAUACCUGCAGCACUGGCGAGCUAAAGACCUCAGCUCGAGUGCAAGUGACGGCCUUGCCAGUUCUUUUUAAGCAAGAGCUUAAAGAUGUGGAAAAGGAAGAAGGAGACACCGUAGCUUUGCGCUGCGUACUCAACAAGCCGGACGCAUCCGUGGCCUGGAAGAAAGGAGCGAUGGUCCUUCGGGCCAGUGACAAAUAUAAGUUGAAGCAGGAGGGGUGUGUGGCUGAGCUGUUCAUCUACAAUUCAGAGCCAGAGGAUGGUGGGAGAUACACCUGUGAUGCCGGAGAUAAGCAGAGCACAGCUCAGGUCAAAAUCCAUGCCAUUCCUACCCGCUUCAAAGAACUGCUAAAGAACACAGAAGCCACACAAGGUGGGAUAGUUACUCUGCACUGUGAGCUGAAUAAGUCUGCUCCAGUGGAGUGGAUGAAGGGGCAGAAAGGUCUGAGGCCCAGCAGCAAAUACAGAAUGAAGAAAGAAGGAACUGUGGCUGAAUUGACGAUCCACGAUCUAGACCUCAAGGAUGCUGGGGAUUACACAUGUUCCUCUGGAGAUCAAAAGACAACAGCUGUCUUAACAGUGAAUGCCUUGGCAGCACAGUUCAAAAUGGGACUAAAGAAUGAGGAAGCAACGGAGAGUGGAACAGCCACUCUGCAUUGCGAGUUGACCAAAGCCGUUGACUCCAUUGAGUGGCUAAAGGAUCAAAAGGUGCUGAAACCGAGUGAAAAAUACAGAAUGAGGCUAGAAGGUCGCUUUGCUGAGCUAACCAUCCAAGAUCUGGAACUGACGGAUGCUGGAAGUUACACCUGCGUGUGUGGAGAUCAGAAGACCACUGCGGCCGUGAAAGUGAAUGCACUGCCUGUAUUUUUCCAAGAAGAACUAAAAAGCAAGGAGGUUACAGAGGGUGAGACAACCACACUGCUCUGCACGCUGAGCAAGGCUGCCCCCGUGGAAUGGCAGAAGGGGCAAAGGGCACUCAAACCAGGUGGCAAAUACGAAAUUAAGCAGGAGGGUCCUUGUGCUGAGCUGGUGAUCCAUGACUUGGAUGUAGCAGAUUCUGGAGACUACACUUGCAGAUGUGAAGGACAGAAGACUACAGCUAGCUUGACAGUGAAUGUCCUGCCUGCACUUUUCACAAAAGCCUUGAAGGACGAAGAAGCUACAGAAGGCAAAGCUGCCACUCUGCGGUGUGAGCUGAACAAGGCCUCUGCCACUGUGGAGUGGAAGAAAGGACACAAGACCCUUAAGCAAGGCAGCAAGUACAAAAUGAGGCAGGAAGGCGCCAUUGCUGAGCUUAUCAUCCAAGGCCUGGAGCUAACAGAUGCUGGGAGUUACAGCUGUGUGUGUGGAGAGCAGCAGACUGUGGCAUCUUUGGAAGUCAAGGCCCUCCCCGUGCUUUUCAAAGAAGGACUGAAAAACAGGGAAGCCGUAGAAGGCACUACCGCCACUCUGCAUUGUGCACUGACCAAAGCUGGUGCUGAGGUGAAGUGGAGAAAGGGGCCUGAAUCUCUCAAGCCAAGUGACAAGUACAGAAUGAGGCAGGAAGGUGAUGCGGCUGAACUCUUGAUUCGAGACCUGCAAGUGGAGGAUACAGGAGAUUAUACCUGUGUUUGUGGAGACCAAAAGACAACGGCUGUCUUGACUGUUCAUGCUGUGCCUGCACGUUUCCAAGAAGAACUUAAAAGCCAGGAAGCCACGGAAAGUGGGACGGCCACUCUGCGCUGUGAGCUGAGUAAGGCUGCCCUAGUGGAGUGGAGGAAGGGUGAGCGGCUGCUCAAACCGAGUGAUAAAUACAAAGUCAAACAGAAGGAUAAUGUUGCUGAGCUGAUCAUCCAAGACGUCACAGAGCAGGAUGCUGGAGAUUACUCUUGUGUGUGCGGAGAUCAAAAAACAUCUGCCUCACUAACUGUGCAUGCCCUGCCUCCACGAUUCAAAACAGAGCUGAGCAACCUGGAGGUUGUAGAAUGCGGAACAGCUACUUUGCGGUGUGAGCUGACCAAGGCAGCAGCUCCAGUGGAGUGGAGGAAGGGCAAUGAGGUGCUCAAGCCGAACGACAAAUACGAAAUGAAGCUAGAAGGUGCCGUUGCUCAGCUUGUCAUCCGCAGUUUGGAACUGGGAGAUGCUGGAGAUUACAGCUGCACCUUUGGUGACCAGAAGACCUUGGCUUCCUUGAGAGUGAAUGCCCUCCCUGCCCUUUUCAAGAAAGGCGUGGAGGAUCAAGAAGCCUUGGAAGAUGGGACGGUUGCUUUCCAGUGCGAGCUGACGAAAGCAUCUCCAGUGGAGUGGAAGAGGAAGCAUAAGUCACUCAAACCGAGUGACAAGUACAAAAUGAGGCAGGAAGGUGCUGUCUCAGAGCUUGUGAUAGUCGGCCUAGAACUUAAAGAUGCUGGAGAGUAUUCCUGUGUGUGCGGCAACCAGACAACAACUGCGGCUCUGACAGUGCACGCCUUGCCCAUAGUUUUCAAAGAAGAACUGAAGUGUGCGGAAGCUAUGGAAGGCGAGGUGGCCACCCUGCGCUGCAAGCUCAGCAAGCCUGCUUCGGUCGAAUGGAAGAAGGGCAGCCAGUCACUGAAGCAUGGUGAAAAAUACACGAUGAGGCAGAAGGACACCAUAGUGGAACUGCUGAUUAAUUACCUAGAAGAGGAGGAUUCUGGCGAUUAUACCUGUGUGUGUGGCAACCAGCAAACCACAGCUGCCUUAGCAGUACAUGUUCCACCAGCCCUCUUCAAAGAGGCCCUAACGAAUGUGAAAGCUACAGAAGAAGGAACAGCUACUCUAUGCUGUGAACUAACUAAGGCUGCUCCGGUGGAGUGGAUGAAGGGGCAGCAUUUGCUCAAGGAAGGUGAUAAGUACAAAAUGAGACAGGAAGGCUCUGUUGUUAAGCUGCUGAUUCAAGAUCUGGAACUGACAGAUGCUGCUGAAUAUACCUGCGUCUGUGGAGACCAGAAGACAGCAGCUUCCUUGACGGUGCAUGCCUUGCCUGCAAGGUUCAAACGCAACCUGAAGAACAUGGAAGCAGCAGAAGGUAGCGUGGUCACACUGCGGUGUCAGCUGACCAAGGUCACACCCGUGGAAUGGAAGAAGGAUGGCCAAGUGCUCCAAGCUAGUGAAAAGUGGAUCAUGAGGCAAGAUAGUGGCACUGUAGAGCUGGAGAUCCAUCAACUAGAUCUUCAGGAUAUGGGAAACUAUAGCUGUGUGUGUGGAGACCAACAAACUACAGCAUCUUUGACAGUCAAUGCUCUCCCUGCAUUUUUCAAGGAAGAGUUAAAGAGUGAGGAGGUUGCAGAAAAAGGCUCAGUAACACUACGCUGCAGGUUGAGCAAAGAUGCCCCAGUGGUGUGGAAGAAAGGGCACAACUUGCUGAACGCAGGUGGCAAGUACAUCAUGACGCAGCAAGAGGCUACUGCAGAGCUGACUAUUGAUCAUGCAGAACUGCAGGAUGCAGGAGACUAUACCUGUGUAUGCGGAGACCAGCAGACAACAGCUGCUUUAAAUGUCCAUGCCUUACCUGCCUAUUUCAAAGGUGAACUAAGGAACCAGGAAACCACCGAAGGUGGAUCUGCUGUUCUUCGGUGUCAGCUUAGCAAGGUGGCACCAGUUGAGUGGAGGAAGGGACAGCUGGUUCUCAGGCAAAGUGAGAAAUACACACUAAAGCAGGAAGGCGCCAUUUCAGAGCUGCUGAUCCACAGUCCUGAUGAACAGGAUACAGGAGAAUAUACCUGUGUUUGUGGAGACCACCAGACCACUGCAACCCUAAGAGUCAAUGCCCUCCCAGCACGCUUCAAAAUGGAACUGAAGGAUGUAAGAGCCACUGAAAAUGAAACGGCCAUACUAAGCUGUGAGCUCACCAAGGCCGCUCCAGUGGAGUGGAUGAAGGAAGAAAAGAAACUAGCAGAAAGCAACAAGUACCGAAUCAGGCAGGAAGAAACUGUCACAGAGCUGGCGAUCCACGAUUUAGACAUGAAGGAUGCUGGGCGCUACACCUGCACAUGUGGAGACCAGAAGACCACUGCUGUCUUAACAGUUAAUGCCCUCAAGCCUGAAUUCAAGCAACGGCUGAAGAAUGAGAAAGGAGAAGAAGGUGGAACAGCCAGGCUGCGCUGCGAGGUGACGGUGGUUAAGGCGCCAGUGGAGUGGAGGAAAGAUGGCGUGGUGCUUCAUCCCGGUCCUAAAUAUGAAAUGAAACAGGAUGGUGCCAAGCACGAGCUACUUGUUCGCGAUUUGGAAACCAAAGACAGUGGAGAGUAUUCCUGCGUCACUGGGGAUCAAACCACGUCGGCAAAGCUGGAAAUUAAAGGACUUGACAUCACCAUCAUUAGGGGGCUGAAGAACACUGAGGUCUUUGAGGAUGAAGAUGUGACCUUUGAGUGCAAGGUUUCCCACGACAAUGCGAAGGAUGUGGAGUGGAAGCUUCAGGAGGCCUCUCUCCAGAGCAAUGAGAUGAACAAGAUCUCCGUUGAAAAAGGCAGGGUCCACAUAUUGCAGCUGAGGAAGGUGACCCAGCAAGAUUCAGGCACUGUCACCUUCCGGGUUGGACCAUAUACCUCCACAGCACAGCUCAAAGUGAAAGCACCACUUCCCACAUUUAAAGAGGAGCUGGCCAACAAAGAGCUGCAAGAGGACAGUACAGCCAUCUUGAAAUGUGAAGUCUCCCAGCCUGGCGUAUUGGCGACAUGGAAGAAGGGAGCCCAAGUGAUUUCUCCAAGUUCCAAGUAUGAAAUCCAGCAAGAAGGAACAAUACUCACCUUAAAGAUUUACAAUUUAAAACCAGAGGACUCUGGCAAAUACACCUGUGACAUUGGGAACCAGAAAACCACAGCAACCAUCUCCGUUGAAGCUCUCCCAGCCCUUUUUGAAGCCCAGCUUGAGAGCCAGGAGGCUGAGGAAGGCUCGGUGGUCACCCUCCUUGCCAAGCUCUCAAAACCUGACGUGCCUGUGAAGUGGAGCAGAGGCUCAGUCAGACUGCGAGCCAGCGAGAAGUACGAGAUGAGGCAAAAGGGCUCCACUGUUGAGCUUCUCAUUCACAAUGCGCAGCCAGAGGACUCUGGGGACUACACCUGUGACUCUGGGGACCAGCAGACCACAGCAUCAGUGCUUGUCAAAGCUUUGCCAGUACUUUUUAUUAACCUGCUUGAGAAUCAGGAGGCAGUAGAGGGCGACACAGUCACCUUGCGCUGCGAGAUCUCGAAAGGUAGUGCACCUGUGAAGUGGAAAAAGGAUAGAUCUCUCCUGAGGUCCAGUGGCAAGUACACCAUGAAGCAAGCAGGCACUGUUGUGGAACUGAUUGUUUCUGAGCUGACUGCCGAUGAUGCAGGAGUAUACAGCUGUGACACAGGAGACCAGGAGACCACUGCUUCACUGGUGGUGAACGAAGCACCAGCCACCAUAGUGGAGGCACUGAAAGAUAUCACCUUGUACGAAAAUGAAGAUGCCAUGUUCCAGUGCAAGGUCUCUCGGGAGAAGGCAAAGGACGUGGAAUGGAGCCUGAGUGGGGUGCCUCUCCAGUCCAAUGAAAUGAACGAGAUUGAGGUUCAAGGGAAAGUUCACAUGCUCACCCUCCGGAAGGUGACACUCGAAGACUCCGGCUCCGUCACUUUCAAAGUGGGACAGAAUUCUUCUGAGGCCCAGCUCACCGUGCAGCGUGCUCCAGUAAUCUUCAUAAAGCAGCUGGAGAAUAUGGAAGUAGAUGAGAACGGCACAGCUAUCUUCUGCUGUGACCUUUCCAAACCCAAUGUCCAUGUGGAAUGGAAGAAGGGUUCGUCCGCAGUCCAGCCCAGCCAGAAGAUUGAAAUUAAAGUAGAAGGAACUGCCCACAGUUUGAUCAUCCGCACUGUAGUCCCCGAAGACUCAGGAGAAUACAGCUGCAGCACAGCUGACAGGAAGACCACAGCUAGGUUAAAGGUUAAAGCUCUCCCUGUCCUUUUCAAACGUGGUCUCCAAAACAAAGAGGUUGAGACGGGGAACACUGUGUCGUUGUGCUGUGAGCUGUCCAAGCCUUUGGCCCCAGUAGUCUGGAAGAAAGGGAAAGUGGUGCUACAGUCAAGCGACAAGUAUGAGCUCAGGCAGGAAGGGAACUUUGCAGAGCUCCUCAUCUAUGACGUGGAAGCUCAGGAUGCUGGGGAGUACACCUGCGACUCAGGAGACCAACAGACAACAGCCACCGUGAAAGUCAAAGUUCUGCCAGUGCUCUUCAAAGAAGAAUUGCAGAACGUGGAAUCAGAAGCAGGUGGAAAGGCCGUCCUGCGCUGCGAGAUCUCAAAACCUGAUGCUCCUGUGGAGUGGAGGAAAGGAGCCAUCGUCCUUCAGCCUAGUGCCAAGUAUGAGAUGCGGCAGAGAGGCACAAGUAUUGAACUGAUCAUUCACAAUUUGGAGCCUGAAGACUGCGGCCCCUACACUUGUAGCACAGGAGAUGAGCUGUCGACAGGCUCCGUUUAUGUACAAGAAGAGGAAGUGCAGAUAGUUUCUGGUUUACAGAACACGGACGUCUUUGCGGGUGAAUCGGCCACUUUCACUUGCGAGCUCUCGCGCCCAGGCAUGCAAAACGUACAGUGGUGGCUGGACGGAUCUCCCCUUCAAAGCAGCCCCGUGAACGAAAUCUCUGUGCAAGAUGGGAAAGUGUAUACUUUGACCCUAAAGGACCUGGGGCCCAAUGAUUCAGGAAUUGUGACCUUCAGAGCGGGCCCCCUCAUAUCCUCCGCUAAAUUAUUAAUCAAAGAUCCAACCAUUGAAGUGGUCAGUCCCAUGCAGGACAUUACCGUGGACGAAGAUGGCACAGCAGAAUUCAUCUGCCAGUAUUCCAGGCCUGUGCAGGCCACAUGGAUGAAGAACGAGCAGGCAGUUCAUGCAGACGGCCGGCGAAUUGUCGUUGAGCAGGACUGGAAUGUGGCCAAGCUGAAGAUUAAGCCUGCUCUUCCAGGGGACACCGGCAUCUAUUCUUGCGAAGCUGGAGGCACUAAAGUGGUGGCUAUGCUUGACGUUCAAGCCAAGAACACCAUUGUCCAGGGCUUAGAGAACGUUGACGCGAUGGAAGGGGGUGAAGCUCUGUUUGAGUGCUACCUUUCGAAACCUGAGUGCUACAAUUAUAACUGGCUGAUUGACGAUGAGCCAGCCAAAACCUCUGAAAACAUUGAGAUGGUUUAUUUUGAAAAUGGUCUCCGGCAUCUCCUUCUCCUGAAAAACCUCACGCCCCAGGACAGCUGCCAAGUGACUUUCCAGACCGGUGACGUGGCUUCGUCUGCAUUCCUGACUGUAAAAGGAUGGCGCCUGGAAUUCUUGGAGCCAAUAACUGACACCACAGUUACUGCUGGGGACCAGGCGACCUUCACCUGUGUUUUAAGUGAAGCAGUCCCAGUCAACGAAGUUGCUUGGUAUAUUAAUGAUGUGGAUAUCCAAGCAGAUGAGAACUGGAGGAUCCAGGCAGAAGGAAAUAGCUACAAACUCAUACUGAAGAAAGCUCAACUUCAACACUCUGGAGAGGUGACCUUUGCUGCAAGGGAUGCCAUUGUGUCAGCUAAGUUAUCUGUCAUAGCCCUCCCUGACCCUCCUGAGGAGCCGGAGAUCAUAAGUAAGACCAGCCACUCAGUCACCUUGUCCUGGUUCAAGCCGCUCAACAACGGGGGUGCUGACAUCAUAGGCUACCGUGUUGAAAUGAAAAGCCCAGGCAGUGACUGGCAGCCAUGCAGCACCGGAGUUAUCCCAAGCACAGAGUUUGUAGUGGACAAUCUCACAGCAGGCAAGACGUACAGAUUCCGCAUUUCAGCUGUCAGCAAAGGGGGUGCUGGGAAGCCAGUGCAUUUGCCUCAAAGUGUGCAGCUAGAGCCUGCUGCAGUGACCGCAGUCACUCGACCUUUGUCUGAUAAGUCUGCCGUGGAAGGGGAGAAGACUCGUUUAGAGUGUGAAUUGUCCAAAGAAACCAAAGAGGUUGCUUGGCUCAAAGAAGGAAAACCAAUCCAGCCUGGCGGGAAGUACGAACUCAUCUCAGAAGGCAAAAAACAGGCCCUCAUCAUUCAUGGCUUUAAAGCUGAAGAUCAAGGAUCAUAUACCUGCAUGGCCUCUCCUGACGUCAAAACAUCUGCCAAACUUUCUGUUGAAGUGUCAACUGUGUCAAUGUUAAAAGAGGCCACUGAGAAAACCCCCAAGCCUGAUGAGCUUGGCGAGAUAGCAGAUGACCAGAUGCAACCCAGUUUACCACCAGAAGCUGCUCAGGAGGGUGACCUCCACCUCCUAUGGGAGGCUCUUGCCAAGAAGCGCAGGAUGAGUCGGGAGCCAACUCUGGAUUCAAUCAGCGAAUUGCCAGAAGAGGAUGACAAACGUCUGAAACAGAAGAAGGAAGAAGCUGAGAUCAUCCAGUACUACUCGGAGGAAUACUCUACUUGUGAUGAGUCAGCUAGAGCAGGAGAAGCAGACUUCUCUGUCACCAGUUCAGAUGAUGAGUCAAGGGCCGGGACACCUUCCCUUAUUAACUACCUCAAAAAGGCGAGCACGACCAGUGUUAGCAUCAGUGGUCAAGUCCAGACUGUCUCUGCAGGGAAAGUCUCUAAACAGUGGGAGAAAGCAGGUCCUGAGCCAGCUGCUCCUGCUAAGCCUGUUGAACCGGAAGCUGCAGAAGGAGAUCUGGAUGACCCUUCCUUGUCUCAUGCAGCUGUGAAGAUCCAGGCUGCUUUCAAAGGGUACAAAGUGAGGAAAGAGAUCAAGCAGCAAGAAUGCCCAGUGUUUGCCGAGACCUUCAAGGACUUCUUUGGAGAGCCAGGAAGCACCCUCCACCUUGAGUGUGUGGCUCAAAGCAAAACCGACAUGAAGGUCCGCUGGCUGAAAGACGGCGAUGAAGUUUUGGACGGGCGCCAUUGCCACAUAGACAAUUACAGCGAUGGGACCUGCUCCUUGAUCAUCACUGGGCUGGAAAUGAAUGACGUCGGCAAAUACACCUGCGAGGUAUCCAAUAAGUUUGGCAAGGCCACCCACAGCGCCAAAGUGAUGGUGGGUGCCCCACCUCAAGCACCCGUACGGAAACACAAGGCUGCCAAAAAGCUUCCCGAGAGUGAAGAGAGCUCUUCCGGCAGCGAGUUGGACGAUGCCUUCCGUAAAGCAGGGAGGAGGCUUCACAAGCUGUUCAAGUCAAAAAUAUCCACAGAGAUUUCGGACGUGGAUGAGGAACUCUUUGUCAGUGCUGAUGAGGGAGAGAUAGAGGUGGUGGACCACCAGACCUACCGUGAAGAUGAGAGGUACAUCUACAUCAAGUUUGAAGUUAUGGCUGAGGCAAAGACGGCUGCUAGCCGGUUUAGAGAAAUGUUUGCUGCUAUGGGUAUUGCUGUUGAGAUUGACAUCCUAGAUCAAGGCUCCAAGAAGGUAGAGCUGCGUAUUGGGAAAGCCACACCUCCUGCCCCAGGGCAACUGAGAACCCUGGUGAAAAGACCACCGCCUCCUUUGCUUACAUCUGACACUGCUCCCAUCUUCAUAACUGAACUUCAAAAUCAAGAGGUACAGGAUGGAUAUCCAGUCAGUUUUGACUGCGUUGUUAUUGGCAAGCCAACCCCCACCAUCCGGUGGUUCAAGGAUGGGAGGGUUAUUGAAGAGGACGAUCACUACAUGAUCAAUGAGGACCAGGAAGGCUGCCACCAGCUGAUCAUUACUGCUGUGGUCCCUCUUGACAUGGGCGUCUACCGCUGUCUGGCUGAAAACAGCAUGGGCGUGUCUUCAACUAAAGCCGAGCUGAGAGUGGACUUGACCAGUACAGACUACGAUACAGCAGCAGAUGCAACAGAAACUUCAUCCUACUACAGCGCCAAAGGGUAUCUCUCCAGCCGUGAACAAGAAGGAGUGGAAUCGAUGACUGAAGAGGAGCAGCUGCCACAGAUUCUAGACGAACUUCACGACAUCCAUGUAGCUCCCGGAGCAGCUUUGGCCAAAUUCCACCUGAAGGUGAAAGGUUACCCACAGCCUCGCCUCUACUGGUUCAAAGAUGGUCAGCCGCUGCAUGCAUCGGACCGACUCUUGAAGACAGACAAGAGAGAGUUUCAUGCCCUUGAAGUUCUCAACGUUACAAAGCAGGACGCUGGUCAAUAUUCUGUAUUUAUUAGGAACUCUGCUGGUUCAGCGUAUUCAGCGGCCAGGUUGCUUGUCAAAGGGCCUGGUGAGGAAGAAGAGAAGCCCACAAGAGAUGUUCAUGAGCAGCUGGUGCCGCCAAGGUUCUUGGAACGAUAUACCAACAAAAAAGUGAGGGGAGGUGCCAGCAUCACCCUUUCAGUGAAAGUUGAAGGAUGCCCACCACCCUCAGUGACUUGGCUGAAGGAAGAGUACCAUGGAGAAGACAUCCUUUGGAUCAAGCCGGAUACUCCAGGCUAUAAACUUGCCAGCUCCAACAUGCAUCAUAGUCUCAUCUUGCUCGAUGUGAAGAAGGAGUUCAGCGGAAACUACACCUGCAUUGCAUCCAAUCAGGCUGGGCAGUCCAUCUGUAGCUCCUCCUUAGAAGUCCUGGAUGUGAAAGAGGCCGAGGUUCUGACCCAGGAGCGUGUGAUGGUGACAGAGGCCAUCAUGACAUCACUUGGGUAUGAAGAAAAGGAAAAGAAAGAACAUGGAGUCGGGAUUUCUGUACAAGGCAGAAAAGGGGAACUUAUGGAAGGUGAAGCUGUUCGGAGCCACAUUUCACUUGCUGAAGUUGGGACUGAAGAAUUCCUCCAGAAACUGACAUCGCAGAUCACAGAAAUGGUGUCUGCAAAGAUUAGCCAAGCCACACUUCAAGUACCUGGAGCCGACAGUGACGAUGAAUCAAAAACGCCGUCUCCAUCCCCACGACACGGCAGGUCCAGGCCUUCCUCAACUGCUCAGGAGUCUUCCUCUGAAUCUGAUGAGGGGGAUGCAAGGGGAGAGAUUUUUGACAUCUACAUGGUUACAGCAGACUACUUGCCCAUGGGUGCUGAUCGUGAAACCAUCAGCCUGAAGGAAGGACAAUACGUGGAAGUCCUGGAUUCGGCUCAUCCUCUGAAAUGGCUAGUGAGGACCAAGCCCACCAAGUCCAACCCAUCCAGGCAAGGUUGGGUUUCUCCUGCCUAUCUGGAUAAGAGGUUAAAGCUGUCUGCUGAGUGGGGCAUUCCAGAGGUUCCAGAGUUCCAUGGAGAAUCAGUUUCAGAGGAUGAAUAUAAAAAGAAGCUGAGCCUCAUUAUUCAGGACUUGCUGAACACUGAGGAGGAGUUUGUCAAGGACCUAGAGUUCCUCCAGACGCACCACAUUCAGUUCACCGAGACCUGCCCUGUCAUCCCUGUGGCUCUUUCCAGUCAGAAGCUCAUUAUCUUCAGGAACAUCACCGAUAUUACCCACUUCCAUUCCAUGACAUUCUUCCCAGAGCUUCAGAAAUGUGACACUGAUGACGACGUGGCUAUGUGCUUCAUCAAGAAUGAGGGGGAAUUUGACAGGUACAUCCAGUACCUGGUGGGCCGUAUACAGGCUGAAUCUGUCGUCGUCAGCAAAACUGUUCAGGAGUUCUAUAAGCGAUAUAUAGAGAGAACAUAUUCUGAGGACUCAUCUCAGCCCCCAGUGCUUCCUCUGCAGCACUAUCUAGAGAGACCGAUAAACAGGAUCCAGAAGUAUCAAACUGUAAUUAAGGAGCUAAUUCGAAACAAAGCAAGGAACAGUCAAAACUGUGCGCUGCUGGAGCAGGCUUAUGCUAUUGUGUCUGCACUCAACAGACGAGCAGAAAACAACCUACACGUGUCUCUCAUUGAGAACUAUCCAGGCACCCUAGAAAUCCUAGGGGAGCCCAUCCGACAGGGCCAGUUCAUUGUUUGGGAAGGGGCACCUGGUGCCAGAAUGGCUUGGAAGGGUCACAAGAGACAUGUCUUCCUCUUCAAGAAUUAUAUCUUGGUUUGCAAGCCAAAACGAGACACCAAGACAGAUACUUACAGCUACAUCUUCAAGAAUAUGAUGAAGCUACCAAACAUAGACGUGAAUGAUCUUGUGGAAGGAGAUGACCGGGCCUUUGAGAUUUGGCAUGAGCGGGAAGACUCAGUCCGCAAGUAUCUGUUUCAAGCCAGGACCGUCAUCAUCAAGAACUCUUGGUUGAAGGAAAUCUGUGGCAUUCAGCAACGCAUCAGCCUCCCUGUAUGGGAUCCGCCAGAGUUUGAGGAAGAACUGGCUGACUGUACCGCUGAACUUGGUGAAACUGUCAAAUUAGCCUGCAGAGUAACAGGCACACCCAAACCAGGUGUCAGCUGGUAUAAAGAUGGCAAACCUGUGGAGGUGGAUCCCCAUCACAUCAUCAUUGAAGACCCUGAUGGCUCCUGCACAUUGAUCCUUGACAACCUGACGGGUGUUGAUUCCGGGCAAUACAUGUGCUUUGCUGCAAGCCCAGCUGGCAAUGCCAGCACCCUGGGAAAGAUCCUUGUCCAAGUGCCUCCCCGGUUUGUAAACAAGGUUAAGCAUGCAUACUAUGCCGAUGGUGAAGAUGCACAGUUUACAUGUACCAUUGAAGGAGCACCUUAUCCACAGAUCAGGUGGUAUAAAGAUGGAGAUCUGUUGACAGACCCAAAUAAACACCAAAGCUUUAGUGAACCCCGGAGUGGUGUAAUAGUUCUUGUAAUAAAAAAUGCCUGCAAGGAUGAUGUGGGGUUCUAUGAAUGUGAGCUGGUAAACAGAUUAGGGACAGCAAAGAGCGGUGCUCAGCUUUACCACCAGAGUGCAGCAGCACUGGCUCAAGAGAGGAGGCCGGAUCAAGCCAUUACAAUUGAAGUCACUGAGCAAGAGACUAAAGUACCCAAGAAAACCAUCAUCAUAGAGGAAACUAUAACAACAGUGGUGAAGACCCCAAGGGUAAAGCGAAGACUAUCUCCUGCCCGCCCAUCCUCAGGAUAUUCCCCUCGCUCUCCAAGAUCGGAGUACUCGACACCCGAGCCCAUUUUUGUGACCAAGAUUAGGCAGCCUGUCCAUAGGCAAGACCCAGAGGCAAUGCAAAGAUCAGCCAUCCCUACACUCUUUGUGACAGAGCCAGACGAGAGGCAAGGAGCGGCAGUCAGAGGUAUCAUUGUAGAAACCACUGUGGAGGAACAGAAGCCCAAAUGGGUUGAAGUAGAGGAAAUAAUUGAGUUCAAUGUGAAGAAGCCCACCCAAACCACAAGGAAAAGGGGGGCAUCUCCUGCAAGAUCAGAUAAAGAUGAAUCAGUGUCAGGCUAUGGUCUGUCUGGCCCAAGACCCAGGCGUUCACCUGAAGAUGACCCAAACACAAAUAACUCAAACAACAAACUAGUGGAGCAGGACAAGUCUUCCCUGCCCCAAGAUGCUGAAAUGUCUGGUGAUGACUGCAAAGAAGCACUAAUCAGCGAUGAAAAUGAAACUUCUCUUGAUAGGUUGGAAGGAAAGAGUUGCCACCAAGAAUCUGUUAGUAAGGCUGACUCAUUGGCUACCCCAUCCGUGAUUACUUUUGUGGAUGAACCACUUGAGGCAAGUGGAGUAGACAAGGAUUAUUGUCUGCAUUCACACAGAGAUCUAGAGUUUAAAGAGCAUGCUGCCAAGGAUGAAUCCUCAGGUCCCAUGCAAGAUGAAGGUCUUCCAGAGGAAAACGUUAUAAUUGAUGAACCAGAUGCGGAGGAGCUGGAUGACCUUAAAAAACGAGAUCUUAAAAUCCUGACUCGUAAUGGGAAAGCAUUAACUUUGGAGGACCUUGAAGACUAUGUCCCCGAGGAAGGGGAGACAUACAGGUGCAGGAAUCCUAACUCUGCAGAAGACAAACCUUGUGAAAUAGCUGUGCUCCAGACCGAAAUCAACAAACCAACCAUUGGGAAACCUGUCUUAUUGAAUGUAGGCAGGCCAGUGGCUUCUAAGCCAAGGCAGACCUAUUUUAGCCAGUUUGAAGGGCAUCACCCAGGAGGGGUCUUCAUGUCAGCAUCCAGAGUGGCCGGAAUGCAGUCCAGGGGCCCGUCGAAUAUUUCAUUCCAUGUCAGCGAGUCUUGCACAGCAGCAGUGGCAACACCACAACCACACGCCUCUGCCACAGGGGCCGCAUUCACGCCGGCACCAUCUUUCUGUACCGAAGUCCAGCUGUCCGCAGACAAUGGACAAUCCAGCUUCAAAACUGAGGUUUCCACAAGAACCCGCAUCUAUGGCGCAGUCGGAGAACCCGUUACACUGUGCAUCAAGAAGGAAGACUCCUCCCAUUUGAAACACCAGACCCAUGUUCUCUGGGGCAGCAGACUGCUGGUGUGCAAAUGCCAGGGCCAGCCCAUACAUGAGGCAAGAACCCCUCAACUCGUGGCUGGAGCAGAGUGGCCCAAGAGCGACGCGGCAGAUGUCAUCUUGGAGGUACAGAGGCAGGUUUAUAUUGAGACCACAGAGAGAACCUACAUCUAUAAAACAGCGGAGAAGAGUGCAGCAAGCCCACCGUACAUGCAGGUGACAAUUGAAGAUGUGCAGGUUCGGUGUGGGGAGAUGGCAAAGUUUCAUGCUAUUAUUGAAGGAGACCCUCAGCCAACCAUUGCAUGGUUUAAGGGUAUUUCAUUGUUGAUAGACAGUGAAAGAGUCCAUCAGCUCAGUGAAGGCACAAAAUAUUCUUUGAUUCUGUACAACGCUAGAACUGAAGAUGGUGGUGUCUACACUUGCAUCGCUAAAAAUACAGGAGGGGAGGUCUUAUGCAAAGCUGAACUCGUAGUCCAAGAAGAUAAGAAAAGCCAAGAGGCAAAGAAACAGAGUAAUAGAAGAAAGCUUCAUUCUUUCUAUGAGGUUAAGCAAGAAAUAGGAAGGGGUUCCUUUGGAUUGAUUAAGAGAGUGGUUCACAAAGGCAAUCGAGUGUCAUGCGCAGCCAAAUUUAUUGCCCUGCGAAGCAAAACAAGGGAUCAAGCCUACCAGGAGAGGGAUAUUCUAGCCACACUGUCCCAUGACAGGAUCACCCAGCUGCUGGAUCAGUUUGAAACACGGAAAACCUUGAUUCUGAUUUUGGAGCUAUGCUCCAAUGAAGAGCUUCUGGACCGGUUAUUCAAGAAGAAUGUGGUGACUGAAGCAGAGGUCAAGUUCUACAUCAGACAACUUUUAGAAGGGAUUGAAUAUCUGCAUAAGAACAAAGUGCUCCAUUUGGAUAUUAAGCCUGCAAACAUCUUAAUGGUUUAUGAUGACAGAGAUGACAUUAAGAUCUGUGAUUUUGGAUUCGCUCAAAAGAUAAACCCAUCUGAGCCUCAGUACAGUAAAUACGGGUCUCCAGAAUUUGUCUCACCUGAAAUUCUCUCCCAGUCACCUGUAUCAACAGCAUCUGACAUUUGGCCUGUUGGUGUUAUUUGCUAUUUAAGCUUGACGUGCAAGUCUCCAUUUGCCGGGGAAAAUGACAGAGCAACCCUACUAAAUAUUCAGAAUGGAACAGUUUCAUGGGAUAUUCCUGAUUUUGUGCAUCUGAGCAAAGAAGCACAGGAUUUUAUCAGAACGAUACUGCAACCGUCUCCAGAGGCAAGGCCUAGUGCUAUGGAGUGUCUCUCCCACACAUGGUUUAUGCAUAACCUCCCACUUGAAGAAGCUCACUUCAUAGAUACAAAGCAGCUCAAAUUUUUUGUGUCCCGGAGCAAGUGGCAGCGUUCUCUUAUGAGCUAUAAAUCUGUGCUGGUGAUGAGACCCAUCCCAGAAAUUCUGGAGAAAACUCAUAAGACCACCUCACUUGGCAUCUCCCGACACCUGUUGGAAGAGAGCAGCUCAUCGAGCACCAGUGGAUCAUCUUCAGACAAUGAGAUUUCAGUCUCCACAGGAAGAAGGCACUUUGGCCCUACGCCAGGACUUCACUUAUCUGUGCUUGAGGGAUCAGAUUUCCCAGAAUACCAGGAGUCCAUAGCAGAGGCUAAGCAUUCUGAAUCCUCGCUGCCACCACUGCUUACAAGACCUAAACAGGCUUCAGCAGAGAGGCAGCAGGGUGAUCAGACAUGGGAAGAAAGUGAAGAAUUAAUGCCUCCGGGACCAAUGUUUGACACAGCUUCUUCACAAGAUAAAGCUGGUUUAUUAGUACCUGGAGAAGGGGAAAUUGAAAGCACUGAAGCAGGAAGAUCCCCUGGAUGCGUCCCCAGACAUAGUGUCAUAAAAAGUACUUUCUACAGCCAGCCUUCUGAGAGUCUUGCAGAUGUGCCUUCAUCACCAGGCAAAGAGCACAGGAAGCAUUUAGAAAGAGCAAAGAGAACCUAUAGGAAAGCCGGUUAUUCAAAAUCAGCUUUAAGUGGCCUCCGUGAACCCCUUCUAGAACAGUUCGAAUUGGGAGAGGGAGGAUUGUCUGGGGAUGAAGAAAUUGAGUGGGGCAGAGAAGGCGGAGUUUGCCCUCCGAUGACCAAAUCGGCUUCUUUUGAUACUGCACAGAAAUCACCACGAGUUACUUUUCAAGUUUCCAGCAGAAGCCGUUCGCUGGAUGACUACAAGAUGAGAGCUACAAGCUUUGCUGAGGAGCAAUACAUUGAGGAAGAAGAGAGUGACUUAAUCCCCGAGGGCAGUGCUUUUGAGGCUUGCAGUGAAAAGGGCUCAGAAAAGACUUCUGCAAAGGAAGGCUCAAAGAAAUUUGUGAAGGUGCCAUUUGCACAGCUUGCUGAGAGGCACAGCUCGUCUUUGGAUGCUCAGCAGCAAGAGAAGGCAUUGAUUUCAACACCGCCAUCUGAAAAAGAAGAGGGUCUGCUUCAGAAACCAGAGCUACCCCUUGCGACAAAGUCAGGAACAUCUACCCUAGGAAGGGAAGACUUGGUUCUAACUGCUCAGCAGUCGGAUUUAGCCCCAAAGGGUGAAAGUGAGGAAAGGCAAUUACCUCAGACAUUCAAAGCUCCUCUUUGCAAGGACACAGUUCCUGUUCUUCCAAAGGGAGAGAGCUCAGAUUUGAGAGUCACUCAGCCAGAGACAGCCCCACUGGUGUCCCAAGACAGUGGGAAGGGGAAAGGCCUCCCUCAUAAUGCAAUGCUGUCUUCUGUCCAGGGCAAAGAAGGGCCUGCUGCUCUUCAGGGGGCAUUUAAAAGUGGAGACCAGUUGCCUCAAGUCCCUUCUCUUCAGGUUCAGCAAAUUCAACAAGUUGUUAAGACAAAGGGCAAAAGCCCAGGGGUCCUGCAGACUAUGCCAGUGGUGGAAGGCUCUUUGGUUUUACAUCAGAAGCCUUCAGAAGUUCUCCCGGAGAGUAAAAGCUCAAGUCUUCCGGGCUCACAGGCAGCUGUAUCCGUCCCUGGAGGGAAAGAGCAGCAGAUUCUACCACAGAAACCAUCAGCACCCAGCCAGGCAAAAUCAGCUGCAUUAAAGGGCAAAGGCACAGCUAGUUUAACUAUUUCUCAAGCGAAACCUGCCCCAGUUUCAAACUCUGAGCCUAAGCAUUCAUACCAAAGACCUCCCACACACAGUGAGAUGAAAGUUCCUGUUAGAGAAGGUGAAGUUCCUGCUGGCUUAGAGACUUUGCCUACUUCUAUAUCAAUCUCUCAUGGAGAAAGCCAAAAGCCUCCGAAGUCCUUCAUUCACAGCAAAGCAGUGCCUACUCCUGGUGAGAUGAGAGAGCCUUCUCAACAAGCAGAUACUGUCCAAGCAUUGAUCCAUGAGGGGGAACACCAUAAACAUCUACACCAGAAACCUUUUGCCCCAGGAAAGAGAAAGCUUGAUGCCUUUCCUGGAGAGAGGCAAAUCUUAAUGGCUUCACAAGGCAAAGCUAUUCCAAUUUCUCUCUCUGAACUGGAUAAACAAGAACUCAUCUACCGUGCACAACUUGCUUCCAGUGAGGACGAGUCUGUUUUCCAGAAAGACCAAGGGCCAUCUGUUUCAGGUUUCUCCCAAGCAAGAGUUGUGCCAUUUUCAGCCUCUGGGAGAGAAAUCCCAGUGACUCAAAAGGAAACCCCAUAUUCCAUUGGACAAGGGAGAACCAGGGGACAUGGUCAUCAGAAACCUGCUAUUUAUAGUGACACAGAGGCUGAAGCCCUGGAGUACUUAGUUGAUGAGAUGGUUUACCUGUCAAAAGAGAUGACUGCUUUAGCAGAGUCUGUUUCUGAUCCAGAGGGAUCCAGGAGACACAUUUCUCCAUCCAGGGAGGUGUUCUACCAAGGCUCACCUGGGCAAGCAGUAAGACCGGCCACCAGAUAUCUUGUUCGGAGAGGGAAAAGAGAAGGGGGCAUUGGCUUAGCAGAUCCCUCAGAAGCAGAUAUUAUAUACCCUGGAGAAGAAGAGUAUUUCAGUGUGCUACCUUCCAUGGGCAAGAAAGCCAGGAUGUCUCCCCCUUUUGAAGGCAUGGGUUAUGUAGGCGCAGAAAUGCCCAUGGUAUCUCAUUUUGCUAGUUCUGGUUUUGGGGACAGAUUCUCCUAUUACUGUGACAGCCAAAGAAGUGACCAAAUGUGCGAAAUCCGCUUAGUGCAGAUUCAGGACCUCUCAGAGGACAUGCCACGUCCUGACAGCAAGACAGCAAAAUUUGACAUCUCUGAGGUAGAGCCUGCCUUUCUCAACCUGUAUGAACUCUAUGACAUUGUGUACUUCCCAUUUGAGUUCCUUAGCUUCAGAAAAGCCCCUGAGAAUCUACCCAGCAAAAGACGUUUGCCUAUGGGCGAAAAAGCAAAGUUGCUACCGGGAUUGAAAUCUCAUUCACAUCAGGAUAAAAAAAUAUGUGUCAGGGAUGAUAACUUUAAAGGUGAGGCUGUACAGGAAGCUCCCGGAGAUGAAGAGAAAACUCCACCUGAGUUGGACACAGAGCCAAUAGAAGCCAAAGCACCCCGGCUAGGAAAUAGGUCUGAUUCGGAAGGUAACAUACCGGCUGGGUCUCAACAAAUCUACGGUCUCCUGGAAGACCCAGCCAAACAGCGGAGGAGAUCUUUACAAGACAGAGUAGGGCUCUUCAAGCCCUUUGUCAGAUCUCAGUCAAUGGAGUUGGUAGAGCAAAGUCUAAAGAAGAAGGUAAAAGCAUCAGUCACCCACCUCUCAAGAAUGUUAACAAGAAAGUCAUCUUCUGAUCAGGAAAGCAGGGAAGGCUCAGAGGAGCGGAAGGGUGAGCUACAAGAAAGAGCAUCCUUGACAGAGGCUUCUGGAGGUUUGAAAAAGAAAACAGGGUUCCCUUCAUUCACUCUUCCAAGCCUCAAAACAAAGGAGAAAGCACCUUCUUUUGCAGAAGAGCUCACUGACCAGACCAUUGCCUUGGGGCAGUCUCUGACGCUGUCCUGCCGGACAUCUGCCCAUUCCUCACCCAACGUUGAAUGGUUCAAAGAUGGAGCAGCCAUUCGUAGUACGGAGAGGAUCCUGAUCUCCUCAACGCUGAAACACUUCCAGCUUUUAACAAUAUUAGCAGCCACAUCCAGUGAUUUUGGCACUUAUACAUGUGUAGCCACCAACGCCCAGGGCACAGUUUCCACCUCCUGUGUAAUAAGGAAAGCAGAGACACCUUCCAACCCACCAUCUCCUGAUAUUGUUGAGGUUCUUGAAGAUGGAGUGGAGUUAGCCUGGAAGCCAGUGGAGCUGGACACCCCCGUUACUUACUCUGUACUAUGCAAAAAAGAUGAUGGUGAAUGGAAGACUCUGGCCAGUGACAUCUCGGAGUGCUGCUACACUGCUGAGCAUCUCCCUCGGGGUUUGGUGUUAUCCUUCCGGUUUGCCUGCAUCAGCAAAAGUGGUGUAGGGCCGUAUAGCAACCCAACUGCCAAAGUGAGAAUUGGUGACACGGAUCCAGCAGCAUUCCAGACUGUGGACCCAGAGGACAGCCAAAUGACCGCUCCUGCUCAGCCAACCCACCAGACGUAUGCCUUCCAGACGGAAAUUAAAAGAGGGCGCUUCAGCAUCAUCAAACAGUGCAGAGAAAAGCUUAGCGGAAAUGCUUUGGCUGCCAAGAUCAUUCCCUAUAGGCAGGAAGAAAAGGAAGAUGUGCUCCAGGAGUAUCACAUCCUGAGGAAGCUUCACCACACCAACAUUGGGCAGCUGCAGGGGGCCUACGUGAGCCCACGCCACCUGGUGCUCAUCACAGAACUUUGUGUUGGCCCUGAGCUUCUCAAUGCUUUAGCUGGAAGGCCAUCCUAUUCAGAGGUGGAAGUCAGAGACUAUCUGUGGCAGAUUCUUAGUGCUGUUGAAUACCUCCAUGCUCAGAAUAUCCUGCACUUGGAUCUGAGGUCUGAAAAUAUGAUUAUCACUGAACCAAACCUGCUCAAACUCCUGGACUUUGGCAACGCACAGUUCUAUGAACCCAACAGAAUCAUUACCCUCGAUGGGUGCACGGACUAUGUAGAAACUAUGGCUUCAGAACUUCUGGCAGAUAAAGGAGCUGUUCCACAGACAGACAUCUGGGCUGUUGGAGUAACAGCUUUCAUCAUGCUGAGUGCUGAAUACCCGAUCAGCUCUGAGGCUGCCUGUGACUUUGGGAGGCUUGUGAAGAAAGAGAAAAUCAAGUUCAACAAAUGCUAUGCAGGCCUUUCAGGAGGGGCCGUUUCGUUCCUACAAAGCACACUAUCCUCUAACCCAUGGAGGCGGCCAACAGCAUCUGAAUGCCUUCAGUCUCCAUGGCUGCAGGAAACAGGUUUGGAUGAGAGGCAACAAGCAACAGUUACUUUCUCCACCACUAAACUGAGGAACUUUCUAGCUGAGCGGGAAAGAAAAAGAGCUCUACUCUGUUCCAAGUAUGGCCUGAUGACCGUGUAGUGAAACACAUUCAGAGAGAAUCACUCUCAGACUUCCAUCUCCACAUGAUCCUACUCACACCUCGGAAUGUUUUAUUAUAAUUUCUGGCUUCUGGACUGAAAAGGGAUGGUCACAAGUAGGUGUGAGUCAAAGGAUUGCUGCUCAUCUGCAUAUUUAUGUAUCCACAGUAAUCAUAAUCUGUAUUUUCAUGAAUGGAUACCAAGUCGCAGGUCAUGCACAUCUCUCAUUUAUCCUACAAUAUUGAUUAUCUGAAGAUGUCCAUUACAGAGUGGAACAAUCGUGGUGUACUUAAGGUGGGAGGCAAUAAUAAUGGGUUAGAUGAAACAUCAUGGGAAUUUUCCUGUCUCUCAAGAACAGUUCAUUGUUGGAAUCUAUGGCUAACGUCUGGAAUCUCCUUCUUUGGUGAUUGUGUACUUGCCAGUUUUGGAUGCUCCAAUCUGAAAAUGUUAGAAAGGCCUUGAA